AUGGGCAUAUUUGAUAAAAUCCGGAGCGUCGAAAAAUUGAACGAAGCGGAGCUGAAGAAUAUUGGAAAUGAUCAAACCUCGUGGCACGACCAGUAUAAGGACUCCAGUUACAUCUACAUAGGCAACCUGGACAGCAGACUAACCGAAGGAGACAUCGUUAUCGUAUUUUCGCAGUUUGGCGAACCGAUAGACGUUAACCUGGUGCGAGACAAGGAGACAGGAAAAUCCAAGGGGUAUUGCUUCCUAUCGUAUGAGGACCAGCGCAGCACAGUGCUAGCGGUAGAUAAUUUUAACGGAUACAAGCUGCUGGACCGACCUCUAGUGGUUGACCACAUUUUAAAUUACAGGCUCCCCCAAAAAUAUGCCAACGACGAUGGAAAAAACGAAUACAAGCCAACCGGCGCCGAGGGACAAGGAAUAGGCGUGUACAACGUUAUCGAGAGCGAAAUAAAUUUGACCAAGACGUUCGAUAAAAUACGGAAUAAACAGAAUGAGGAAAAACGGAAGAAACUGAUGGAUGAAGAUGAAUUGUGGGCCCUCAACUUUGAAAAAUCACAAAAGGAAGGGACGCCAUGGAGAGAGAUCCGUGUCGCCAAAAAGGUACAAACAGAGGGACAGAAAAAAUGA